AUGACCCCUAAUAGUAUCAGAGAUGACGGAGAUCAUCCUCAUUCCGAUGAUACGAUAUCUCACACGAGCAUUGGAAAAAGAUCUCGUGACCAAAUGGAGCGACCACACAAGAUACCAAACUCUAUAAAGUCAUGUAAUGAAUGCAGGCAACAGAAACUUGGUUGUAAUGUUGAAAAGGAUCCAUUCAAGCCUUGUUGUAGAUGUACCCGUCUUGGCAUCGAAUGCAAACUAGACUCUGAUUUCAAGAGAGUGGCAAAGAGACACAAACAUGCGGAAAUGCAGAAGGAAAUAGAGGAGCUAAAAGAAUUGGUCGCAAAACAAGCAGCACUACUUGCUGUAGCAAAUUCUCCUGAUAAUUUUGGAAAGGAAAACAACGCGUCGUCUUCUACAGAUUCGAAACCAAAAGACCAGAGGAUUGAUGAUAUCUUAGUAACCGGUGAACAACUUUCCUUUCUGUACUUUUCGCGAUAUCAUCAUAUAUGUCCCAUUCUGGAUCCUACUCAAACAUGUGAUCAGACCUUUGCUCAAGACCCAGUACUUGGAUGGGGGAUCGUUCUUGUAUCAGCUAGACGUUACCCCCAAGAUCCUACCUUGGUACUCAACUUGUCGAAAGCAUACAUGAAAUCUUUGUGGAACUCUAUAUCUGAUAUGCCUCAAAGAGCGUCUUCUAUAAAAGCUCUGGCAUUGUUAUGUACUUGGCCUGUACCUUUAAUAAGAGGCUUUACCAAGAGUAGAAAUGAUAAAGCUUCAGCUACUAUGGGACUGAGUGAAUUGGAUCCGACCUGGAUGUUGAGUGGAAUUAUGAUGCAGAUUUCUCUCCAAACUGGAAUGCAUCGACCCCGCCAUGCACAAGAUUUUCUUAAGCAGACAAGAGAUGUCUCGGAAGCUGAAUUGAGUGAUAGGAAAUUAACGUGGGCUUUAUGUAAUAUUGUCUCUCAAAGUGUUUCGACUGCGAAUGGCCAACCCACAAUAACCAUCUAUGAUUGGGGACUUGGAGAUGGCCUUGAACAAGAUUCCGAAAUCCUUCCACCAGGCAUCAAACAACGAUUAAAGAUUGAGAAGUUUUGUCAGAAAGUCUCGAAAACAUUAUAUGGAAAUAGCUCCGAAGUAACAGGAGUCUUAUCCAAUAUCGAUGAACAAAUUUCAAUGACUAACAUGCUCGAACAUCAAUAUCAACAAUUAGAGUCCGAGAGUGUUACGUUCUCAUCACUUAAUAAGUUAUACCUACUUGCCGCUCGACUUCAUUUGCACACCUUUGCAUUUUAUGUCCCCGAAUUCUCACCAAACCACUUAGCGGCCCUUUCUUCGGCAUAUAAUUCUGCCACAAGAUUUAUUCAAGCACUUCUCGACUACGAUCUUCAUUCAGAAGCAAUCCUUCCUUAUUGCUCGUAUUACAUUCUCAAAAACUUGAUAUGCGCAUCAUGUGUCCUCCUAAAGAUAUUGAACAGUACAUAUGCCAUGCAAUUCGAUAGCACACAAGGGAGAUCCCUCUUCAAUGCUGCGAUCUUGGCAUUGAGAUCCACAAGUUUAGCUACAAAUGACUUCUCGGAUCGCAUCGCUGAGGCUCUCGCCAGAAUGUGGAGGAGUGCUGGGUCAGGGGAUUUGAAUCGAAGACGCGAGGACUUUUCCCCUAUAGAUAUUAAAAUUCAAUCUAGAAUGUCUAUAAGCCAUGUUCAUGAUUGCUUUCUACUCUCAGAUACCAAUUGCAACGGUCCUAUGAAUAAUUCUGAUACCUCAUACAACAACAUGAAUGGUGAUGUUAUGCAGCAAGAUCAAGGUGCCACUGCAACCUAUUUCCAGCCUGGAUCAUUAGAAGAAGCGAUGAAUUUCCCACCUAUGAUUGCAGAUUUUGAUUUGCUAAAUUCAUUGGAUUGGAAUUUCGAUGAGAAUCUACUUGCUACUUGGACAUGA